GUCAGUCCAGUGGAGUCCGUCGAAGGUGAAAAGUCUCUCUUUCUCUUUCUCUCUCGCUCUCUCGGCUGUCGCGAACGAGUCUUUACGACCGACUUGCCCGUUACUUUUACGCGUAAACACGCGUAGUCGCGUGCUGGUGUUCCGAAUAGUUGAAACAGUGCGUGCUGGCGCGUAUGCCAGGCUUUAAUCAAAGAAAGAUCGGUGCCGAACCUGUUGGUAGGGUUCGAAAGAAAUCGGGAGAUCGCGAGUGGAUCGCGUAUCGAUGCGACCGUCUCGAUUAAGCGUGUUUCAGAAUCGACAAGUUUAUUAGCUGUCGCCAUCUUCUUUCCAUCCGUUGACAUUUCAAGUGCAUACGGGUUGCAUCGUUUUCAGUGAAGCGUAAUCGGUGAUUUUUCGGUGCAUCUAUGUGUACCCACCGUGAGAUCGGUUCGCUCCCUGCGCGCUGACAUACGAUAGCCAGCUCGAUUAUUACCAAUUGCAGCCUACUAUGUUGGAAUUCUCGAUACAGCAUGCCGAAGUCGCCUUUUCCACAGCCACCGAGGAUGUGGGAGAUGGAAUUCAAGGGCACGAUAAUGACACGGAGCCUUUGCAAUUCUUAUCUCAUCUUGAUCCACCUGUCGACAGCGUGUACAUGAUAUGUGGCGUGCUGAUUGCUAUGGUGUUCGUGGGCGUUAUUAUUGUCCUACUAGCUAUAACGAUCAGCAAGUUGCGGAAACGGGAGGAUCAUUCGAAUGCCGUCCAUCCGGAGCCGACGGUUGUUCAAACGGCAACCACGCCGGUUUCUACGAUUGUCGCGUCCUCCUAUUCCGUCGAAGGUUGUUGCACGCAAAUAUCGACGAACACGACGUCAACGGAUCUGGAAAAUCACACAGCUGGCGAACAGGACGUCUACGCCAUGGCCAAUCCAGCGGAUCAAUUUGUCUGGCAGUUUCCGCCUCCUUAUCCACCGCCUCACACACCGGCGCAGUACGCGUUGUGCAACGACCAGGAUACACUUGUACACGCAUUGCCGUCGGAUAGGUCUGGAUUCGCAAAGGUUUUCCGUAAAAACAUUGGAGGACGCUGGCGUCGCUUUGUAAAAAGGAAGCCAGAGUCGGAAACUUGUGCCAUUCCUCCCGAACUGAAGGAUCAAUUGAAGACUAUUUACGUCUAUUGACAGCCAGCAUCCGUUGCAUCGUUGUUCGUUUCUUUACAAUCCUUCCACUACUCAGUAAUCAAUGCUUUCUUGUAUGUAAGAUAGAUAUUGUAUCGGGGAAAGGAGAAGAUUAUAUCGUAUCGAGGAAAGGUGAUCCCUUUCGCGUAUUUCGAUUCUCUUGUUUCGUAUCGAGAAAAGGAGAUACAAAGUAAGAGAAUUCGCUUAAGUAAAAGGAAAGCGAGCGUCGUGUUCGAGCGAUGAGUGGCUUGCAAAAAAAAACGGGGAAAAAUCACAGGAUACAAUCGUUCACGUAAUUGACAGAGAUAUUCAUUUGAAAGGGUAUGACGCCCGUUGCGAAACAUAUCGAAAAGUGCCUAAUGAUACUUUCGCGUGCUUUCAACUGGUCGAGUGAAAAGCAUGCGAGAGACAAUUGUGUCCUUUUAAACCUUGUAUUUUUGUAAGAGUAUAGUAUCAGAGUCAAGUUAAACUGGAUCAUAAUUAUAUACAUUUCGGUGAUAUAUUCUGAAAGCGUUAAAAAAAAAAAAAAUUGAAUAAAUUUAUUGACAUACUUCUUACUAUAGUUUAUUAUCGAAUAUGCCGCAAGUAGUAUACGCGCGUCCCUGUAACGAAAUGAAACGAAAACCGUACUGAAACUACUAUCGCGCGUGGUUCAUCGCUCGUACAUGCAAUUGGAUAGAAGUUAUUAGACUUCGAUACGCAGGACGACGGCGUCAAGAACUUCAUGAGACUGAAAUGUAAAGUGUACGAUAACACGAGUUACCUUGUAGCUUUUGUGUACGUUUUUACAUGAUUUAAUAGGAGAAAUCAUUUCGAAUCACUAGUAUUAAUGUAUACCUGAAAAUAUAUGACCGUCGGAGCUGCCUUCCUAGGCUUCUGUUCUUCUAUGUUUCUCUUCUGGCAGCUUUGUUGCUAUGUAAAUAGAUGUAUAACAUAACGAAGGCGUAAACUACUUCUAAUUAUUAUAAUGGCCGACCGUUGAAGUAAAUCCCCGAACUUUCCUCUGUACAUACGAUAUACGCGAUCUACAACCUACGAGGUCGAAAUUAGAAGCGGAUAUUCGUUUUUCGAUGUGUAUCUCGUCGUAUGUAUCGAGAAAAGCAUCUCUACUUCUGGUCUCUAUCUUGUUGGUGUACGUUGUAUAGGUAAAGGUCGGGAUCGAAAAGAUGCUGAUACAAAGCUGCGCUCGACCAGAAUCGUUUCUUAUCCCUUAUGGUGGAAAUGAUGUAGCAUUUCGUAGAUACUUGUAACAUAGGCUAAUUUAAGAUUGUUAAUACUAUUCAACAGCUCAUAUUGAGCUCAUACUACAGACUAAUAUGGUAUUUUACUUGUAUUGUUGUAUUAAGCAAUACCGUGUCUCGAAACGUGGCUGAAUAUUGAUCGAUCAAAUUUUUACAGAACAAAAAGAUCUUUGUCUGAUGUUGAGUCACGUUUCGCAGUAGUCUAACUAUUUGUGUCUGUAUUAAGCGUAUAUUUUGCACGCGUGGCUUUUACGCAACUGUGGCAUGAUUGAUAAUUUAUGCAGAGUGAAUCAAAUGAAAAUACUAAAAAAAAAAAAACAAGAAAAUAUGUUACCUGUACGUAUUGCAACAACUUUAUACCGUAACGUGGAAAGAUAGUAGCAACGUUCCUUCACGGCAGAACCUUUUAACUCUUUAUUGUAAUUUUGUAGAAUGUAAAUAUUUUAUAGAAUCAUUUGAUUAUCACUAGUAUGAUGGAAUAAUGUUUUAGCGCAAUACAAAUACUUUAAGAAUCAAUGACGUGCCUACAUCCGUGUAUAAUAAAAUGUUUUUAUAAAGAUGAAAAUCUAGAUGGAAUUGUGAAACGUGUCCAUCACCUAGUCACAUGAUAAUAAUUGUUCAGAAACUGGUAUUGUAAACAUUUCAGCGCAGCUUGAAUUUUUCCUCGUGAAUACGUGUCUGAAUACAACAAUAUCAAAUAAAGUAUUCAAAAGGA